AUAGUUUUAUUUUUAAACUGAUGUAAAGUUGAAGUUGAAAAAAAAUGUCAGAAUCUUUAUUCUCGAUGCCGUAUAAUUUUGUCACUGUUUCACUGUCACCUACAAUUUACAUUACGAUUGUACUCGUCGUCAAAAUAAUUUUGCCACUCUUAGGAAAAAGAACUCGCGUCUCCGUAAGCCGAUGUAAAUACGAGCGAGCGAGAAAAAGGAGCUCGCGUGAAUGGAGAUGAGGGAACAAGAUGUACCGCAAGUUCGCCGAGAAUGAUAGCCCGUCAAGACUGCUUCUUGACAAUCUGACCUCAUGCCACGGGGCCGCGACGGUAUAUUUACCACCUGGAAGUGCUUAGAAGGGAUUUCUCUUAUCCGCGUUUCCUAAUGGUCUAUUAUUGGAAGGACUAUUGAAGGGAAUGCUUUAGUGAGGGCUGCCACGCCUGUCGCGCGAAAAUUAUGGGAUAGAAUAACAAUGGCACAUAAAACACACAGCUACAAAUUAACCCAGGUCAUCGUAACUUUGACUUGCGUGCUUUAUCAUAUAAAUUAUACAAAUUUUACACUGUAAUUAAAACGUAAAGAAUCCUUUAAACACAGCAAACUGAAACCAGAAUCGCACAUUGCGUAAGUUUAUAAUUAAUUUCCAUUAAUUUUCCAAAAAAUUUCUAAUUGCAUUACAUUAUAGUAUAUAUAUUUUUUAUUCUGAUUUUUAUAUUUAUUUCUUUAAAAACGUACAUCUUGUUUGAAAGCUUAUAACCGAAAUAAAAGUAAAGAGCAAAAAAUCAAUGUCUAAUUGAUUUAUUUAAAAAUUCUAUUGAUAUUGCUAUAUUUUUUAUAUCACAACAUACACUGUUUUCUUUAGAAAAAAAUAUUAAGAUAAAAAUUUCUCUAUUGUAACAUUAUAUUUUAUUUUAAUUAAAAAAAGUUUUGAAAAUCAAAAUAAAAUAUGAUGUUGCAAGUAGAAAUUAUUAUUUAUUUCUUCAAAGAAAUAAAUGUAAAAAUCAGAAUAAAAUCAAAGCUGUAAUUAGAAAUUUUUUUAUCUUAAUUUUCUUUCUAACGAAAACAAUACUUGCUACGACAGCAAAAAUAUAGCAAUAUCGAUAUAUAACUUUUUAAACAAAUUAAUUAAAUUGAUUUUACAGCACUUCGCUUUUGUUUCGGUUUCUUUCACACGAAUCUUUCACACGAAUCGUACACAAAAAUCCAAAGUAGAUUAGACGCGGAGGAAACUUUUCAAAAAGACCGCCAUACCGCGAAAUCGAUACUGAACGUCGACGGCGCUCGUGAGUUUCGUGUCACGCCGAUUAUGCAAACACUAGCACAUGCCGCGUAAUACUUUAUCUUCGUCUCUAUUUUGAUUCAAUCGCGGUGGGAGGGAAAAAAGUAAUUGUAUGCGCGGAACACGCGCAAGAACACGUGCGCACUAAAUUGAGUGCCGGUUUUGUGAAGUUUAAGUUCGAGUAUAAUGUACGGCUUGGAGUCCUCAAGCAAGCAGCAUCGACUGGCCCAAUGACUGCAGCCAUCUGUUCGCCAGCACGAAAGCCUCGCGCACGCGUGAAAGAGUGAGCACCAGUGGUAUAGACACGCCAGAUUUUAAACGUGUUUGAAUCUUAAAAAUCUUAGCGAGACUUGCCUCUUUUUUUCUCUCGCGCAAAAUUUAUAUUUAUUUAAUGAAAAUUUAUAUUUUUAUUUAUAUAUUUUUUAAUAGAGAUUUACUCGCAGAAUUAGUAGCAUCGGAAAAGAUAAGAUGUAGAUAAGAACUAAUUACAAACGUGUUACACUGCUCAUUUGAUAUCUACCGCGGAAGUAUUAAUUAAAUGCCAUAAACGCGCGCAGAGUUGAUUCAAAUUAGAAAUGCAACUCUUCAAAAGCAAUUAUAACACAAUAAGGAAGAAUUAGAUCAGAGGGUUAUCGCAUCAUCGUAACGCGAAUAAAAGCGAGAUUCAAUCUAGACCAUUUUGAUUGUCUAUUAUCGGUAUACCUACCUACUUUCUCUCGACACGUACAAUUAGAGAAUGAGCGCGCAGAGAUCUCGAAUGAAUCUCGCUCUAACUGAGCAACAUUCCGUGAUACGAUCAGCAUUUCUUCACCAAGACAAUUGUUGAUAAAAGUCAGUGAUACAAAAACGAUCGUUUCCGACAAACAAAUGCGAAAUUGCGCGUGAAUAACGGCGCGCCGAGCGCGUCCACCGGUAAAAAAAAAAAAAAAAAUUCGACUUCAUACAAUUACGACAUCCAUCGCUCAAAGUAUUCCUGGAACUUGGCGACUAGCUCGAUGAAGCAAUCAGAACCGCAUAGCGGCGAAUUCACGCACGCUGAUGUGCAAAAGUUGCCGCGCGCGCGCGCGCGUCAUCAAUUACGUUGUUACUCAUUCCGCUCUGACGCGAACACGCGUAAAAGACAGAAACGCUAACGUUACACCGCGGGACACGAUUGCCUCCAUCGUGCGAUCGUACUGAACCUCGUUAACCUUGACAUUUUGAGCGACUCUCUUGCCGCGCGUUUAUUUUAGAAAGGCAGAACGACACGUAUCGUGACGAAUUCCUACCCUGCGGGUCGAUAAGCGAUACUAUUGAGUACGACGCGAUUACUUCUAUCAUCGUCUAUUUAUGUGACAGACACUCCUCGAAGCACCGUCGCUCUCUUUUCAAAUGCACAUCCUUAUUAUAGACUGACGUGAGUGUCUGUCUUUCGUCGAUGACAACAAUUUUUUAUUCAUUCUUCCUCAUAGCUUCUUAAUGUUUCGCGUUAAAUUUUUCAAAUGUUUCCAUUAGAGAAAAAUUAGCCAAAGAAAAGAAAGAUUAAAAAAAACUUUUUUGUUCAAUUUUAUAAACUUUAAUUAAAAUCCCUUUACUUUUAAUAAGUUGAAAAUCGUUCAGCCUUUCAUAAUUGUACUAUUAAAAAUAUUUUACAAAAGAGAGAGUUUUUUUAGACUUCUGAUUUAAUUUUUAAUUGUUGCCACAGCUUUCGCACGCGUCAAUAUUUUUGACGGAAAUAUUUUAUCGAGCUUCCUAUAAUGUCAAUUAUUUUUAGAAGAAGAGAAGAUAUUACGUUUGAUGGCCAAGCAUCUCACGAUAAGCUCCAUAUUUACACUUGAUAAAUAUUUAUCUGCUUUGAUUUUAUUUAUCUACAAUCUUUAAUUAAAAAAUAAUAAUCUCUUUAAUGUAGUUAAUAAGAAAUUGACGGAAUUGAUCAGUGAGAUGCAAUCACGAAUAAUCGUCAACCCGUGCAUCGAACGAAGAGCACUGUUCACCACGAGGUAUGCUAAUCUCUGGACAAGGAUAUUCCAGAAGAAAAGGAAGAAACCGUUGGCGUCGGAGGUCUUAACGAGCUACCUAUUGCAAACCGGCGAACCCCCCUGGACUUCGUACUUCGUUCGAUACGCCGACGUGGUGAACGAUCAGCGGGGAAUGUCGCACUUCAAUUGGCCGGCGGGCGGCAGCAAUUACCACGUACUUAGGACCGGCUGCUUCCCGUACAUCAAGUAUCACUGCAGCAAGCGGCCGGUGCAGGAUCUCAGUGGCGAGGACAGAUUCUUCAAGGCGAUCAAGAUAUUGAACCUUGGUAUUCCCACCCUGAUGUACGGACUGGCCGCGACGCAGCUCAUCCGACACCGCGAGAUCGUGGGGACGCCUCGGGGUGAUGUGACGAUCUACUUCUUGCUACCGGAGGACAAAGGCUCGUCGUACUGAGGCUUGCACCCUACAACGCUAAUCUACGUCGGGUCUCGGCGCGUCACGGCCUUCCUCGGAGAUGACAUUAACGGCAACGAAAUGCAGAGAGCCAUACUGAAUGAUCCUUUUUUCAAUGACCCCCUCCCCCCAUCCUCGUUACUCGUAAUUCCGGCGAGUUCUCCGGCGAGUGCAAAACGUAAAGGAAAUCGCGGCGACGCAAAAAAACUCUCAGACACCGCGAAUAUCCUGUUUAUCCAUGACGGAUGCGAUCACUAAUUUUGUUAACUCAGAAAAUGGAGAAGUUGGAAGUAGGCGGUUCGGAACAACAUCGUUUUUCCGUGCGAAAAAGUACGGGGAUUACCGGAUACGACGAAUUAUGGGAGGAAGAUGUUAAUAAACAACUGAAUCUUGA